CUGUUACAGACAGCCUCUGCACUUGCUUACUUGCACAAUCGAAAAAUCGUCCACAGAGAUAUAAAAGCUGAGAAUUUGCUACUGUACAGUAAGAAACAGGUCCAAUUGUGUGAUUUUGGACUAGCAUGUACGGUUCUUGGACCUUUGUACAGGGUAUGCGGUACACCGAGCUAUUGUGCACCGGAAGUCAUUCGCGAGACGGGCUAUGGGCUACCCGUAGACAUUUGGUCGUUGGGUGUGCUGCUUCAUGUAAUGCUUGUUGGAUUCGCUCCAUUUCGAGCAAGCGAGCGUGACCGUUUGUUCCGAUUGAUUACCCAGGGCAGAUUGUAUUUUGAAGCAAAAGAACUAGUAUCUGGAAUGAUGUGUAUCAAUGUGGAAAAACGUUACACAGCUGGAGAA